AUGCGUAUUGUCACUCGCUUCCCCUCCACCGCCUUCCUCGUUGACCUCACCUCCCCUGCCCGUCGCACUCCCUUUCCCUCCCUGUCCCCUACCUAUUGCCCUCCCUUCCCCACCCGUCGCCUCUCGUUUCCCCUCGCUUCCCCUCCCAUUGCCUUCCUCGUCGUCACUACUUCCCCUUCCCGUCCCCGAAAAUUCCCCUGCCCGUCGCCCUGUUUUCCUCUCCCUUCGCUUUCAUUUUCCUCUCCCUUCCCUUACCCUUUCCCCUCCCCUCCCUUCCCCUUCUUCCUCACCACCAUUCCCUCUCCGCCUCUCUCCUCGCUUCCUCUCUGCCCCUCCCUACUAAAUAGUUUCUUCUCUACUCCCCCGUGCUGCUCCCACUUCCCUCCGCACUGCUUACCCGCUUUGUCCCCCACUCCCCUUGUCAUUCCUUCCGUUUCCCCCGUGCCCAUAUCUCUUGGUUUAACCCAUUACCUUACUCAUUGUUUCGCCAGUGCGCAAUGUUCCCUUCCCAUCGCCCAUGCUUACCCUCCCAUCCUCCUCCCUGUUGUCCUCGUUUCUGCUGCAUCCCCACCCUCUUCUGUUUUCCACUCUUCGCCUCCCUCCUCCCGUCCCUCUCCGCUUCCCCCCCCCCUCCCCCUCCAAUCCCUCUCCGUUUCCCUCCCUCCUCUCGUGCCAUCCCGCCCACCCUGA